AUGCAGGAAGCAGAGGUUAUCCCUGUUGCUGAGUUCAGCCACCGCAACUCUAAUUUCAUCCCGCAGAGCCGAGCUUACUUCACAAGCCCCAGUAUCAAUUCGUCGUCCCGUCCUCGAUGGGCCAAGAUCUCAAAGGCUCAGAUUAGAUCACUUAACCAUUUCCUCUUCCUUCCAAUCCGACGUGGUUUUGGAUUAUCUCCAUCGUCAAAUAUCCAUUCGCAGAACGUGCUCUAUCUCAUUCGGCUGUAUGCUUUUGGUAUGAUUGCCGCUGAACGCAUCUGUCCGUACUCCCGACCCCAGCCACACUAUCCUCCUCCGCCGGAUACCGCCCAGCGGCCUUCCGACGCUCCUCCAUCCAGCAUGGCUACAUCAGUUACCGGUAAUUUGCCCUUUAUCCACGACUCUCGCGGCUACGGCCCGCCGCAUGCAGAGCCGCGAUACGCAUCUCCCAAUGUCAUCAAUCCUUACUCGCCUCUCGGCCAUCAGCCUCCGCAGUACCUCCUGCCUCUGCAGCCGCAAUCUGACCCCCGAUCUUCGGCCUAUCCUCCUCCACCGCCGGACCAACGAGGUGACAAUUACGAUGACCGCCGUCUACCAUACGAGCAACAGCCCUAUGACAAGGAUCCCUAUUAUGCCUACUGCCGUGGACAGCCUCCUCAAGGACCUCCACCACCAAAUGGCUACCCGGGCUACCCUGCUGGUGUCUAUAAAUACCCUCUGGUCAGAUACGGCCGUGCGCCUUUACGGCGAAAACGAAUAUCAAUUGCUUGCAAUCAUUGCCGGAAGAGAAAGAUCCGCUGCAGCGGCCGUCAGGGCGCCCUCGGUAGCAAGUGCCAGAAUUGCGCCCUCAUGAACCAGGAAUGUAUCGUUCAACCCGUACGGUGA